UUUAUCGUGGAAAAAGUAACACUAAUGCACGGCAGUGGAAAAAAAAAAUAUUACCGAGUCUUUAAUCACCUAUCGCCUAGAAACCCACCCAGUUUUUCGGGUGAACUAUUUUUUUUUUUCCUGCUUCUCUUUCUUGUAACUAUCAGCGCGGUCUUUGUUGAAACUGAAAGGAAUGUUUUUCGAAUUUUACUGAACAUUCAUUAUGCCGCGGGGACCUGAAUUUUGCAAGGCCUUUUUGUUGUUGCCAGAGUUGGUAUAUAAGCUGCGUCCACUGACGAAAGAAAGCACACAUUGCUAAAAGUUUUUCAAAGCUUUACUUUCACUUUACAAAAUGAUUGCUAAGGUCGCAAUUAUCUGCGCCGUUUUUGUGGCAGUCAAAGGAAGUCUGGUGCAUACUGGUUCCAGCAUCAGCUCAAGACAUCAAGAUGGUUAUGGGAAUUACGCCUUCGGCUACGAUAUCAAGGAUGGUCACGGAGCCUCCAACUCCCGAUCCGAAGUUGGCGAUGGGCACGGCAACGUGAAGGGAGCCUACACCAUUCACGACAUCGACGGACGGGCCAGGCGAGUGGAGUACGUCGCAGACCACCACGGAUUCAGGGCCGCCAUCAAGACCAACGAGCCCGGAACCGCCGCCAGCGCCCCUGCAGCAGCAGUGAUCGCCAGCCCCUACGCCCUGCCUGCAGCCCCAGUGGCCGUCAAGCACGUCGCCCCCGUAGCGUACGCCGCCCACGUCGCAGCACCCGUCUAUGCUGCCGCCCCUGCACAUCUAGGAUAUGCCGGACACCACGGCGCCUACGGACACGGUCCCUAUGGUCACGGUGGUGCCUACGGACACGGAGCUUAUGGACAUGGAGCCUACGGGCACGGACCUUACGGACAUGGACUGGCACAUGCCAAGGCCUACCAUUACUAAGGAACAUUUAGUAGUGUUAUAGGUCUUCAGGUGCGAGAAAUGGACAAUUUCUACCACCUCGCAUGUGUUCCGACUCAAACAUCCUGUGAUGGUAUGGAUUUUAGCGAGCUAAUACCGGAAAUAUCGUUCUUAUCUAAAUCCUCUCUUCCCUGUCCAAUGGGUCUUUGCGGUACGUAAAAUGAAUUUUGUGGUUUACCAGCUUGGAUUCUUCAUCAGCUCAGGUCUCCGACGCUUCUGGUUUUUCCAUCUCUUGGAGGGUAUCGAUGUUAAUGUCUAUUUUCUUGCCAAAGUUACUUAGCUUUAUUGUUGUUAAUAUUUAAUUGUGAUUUUGUAAAGUGUGAUG